GAUAGGUCCUCCUCUCGGGCUUAGGGAGCGGGAGCAACAGGUGGAGCCCGCCGUACUUCCUCUGAAGGGGCUCUGUUCUAGCUCAGGUAUGGGAACGUAAGUUCUUGUAUUCUUGCUUUGGUUUUAGUGCAGUGGCUGUUUACGUACUGGCUGUAUGCCUGGAGCCUCGCAAAAGUUUUAGCAUGUAAUUUACAACUCAACCAGCCUGUAUUGGAGGUGUUGUUUUCGCUAGGUUUUCAUGCCUCGCCUGUUGCUCACUGAUGGUUGGGGAGGGUCGGGCUGCCUCCAGUAAUCAAGCUAAACUGGGUCCUUUGUUAUAUGCAGAGAAAUCAGCUUCACGGUAGUUACUCUGUUUUUCGAGGUGGGGAUCACCAGACCAUCUGGGAAACCUUUCCCAUACAGUGUCUCUAUGUCCGGUGACUUUGGGAAGUCCUAAAGGACAACGGGGGAAUUCACCAAGCUUAGGUCGAGUGAGCCUCCCCACCACCCCGGAGCCACCAUGGGACACAGCUCAACUCAUUUCUUGGAGGAACUUGCCAGUGUGUCCCCAAGAGCCUGGGUGGCAUAGUCUGCGCCCAGCUGGCGCCUGAAGUCCACGGGGACUGCACUUCCUGUGCUCCGGACUUCCUCAUAGGUACUUUUCCAUCUGGCUGUUCAUUUGUAUCCUUUAAUAGCCUUUGUAAUAAAUCAGUAAUGGUGAGUAAAGUGCUUUCGUGAGAUCUGUGAGCCUUUUGGCAAAUUAUCAAACCCAAGGAAGAGGUCAUGUAACUGAACCCAAGUCUGUGUGCCUGACGAACAGUGAGGCCAAACAAUACCAAAACGUCAUUUUGGAGCAGAGAAAGGUAUAUUGCAGGGUCCUGCAAGGAGACGGGUGACUCAUGCCUUAAAAACCCAGAACUCCCCAAGCUUUCAGCAAAGCCCUUUUAUAGGAAGGGUGAGGGAGGGGCGUGGUUAGUGUUUGCAAACUUCUGGGUGUCACAUCCUUCGUUCUUGAGGUCAGGUCACGGUCACCAUGUUCCUGUAAACCUCCACCAAACAAAGGUUAUUCUCUGUUCUGACAAGGAAGGGCAAGGUCCCAAGGCACAACUUUCACCUUCCAAGGUCCAGGCAGUGCUUAAGAGGAGGGGGUCUCUGUGCAGACAGGUUACCCUGCCCGGGACCCUUAGUCCAGCACCCAGUCUGGGUUCUCCCGCGAGUGCCCAGGCCCUGCUAAGGAGGCAGAUCUCAGCUUGUGGCGCCCUCUGGGCCAGGUCCCCAAACCCUGCCCAGCCGUCAUCACUGAGGGACCCAGGCGCCCAGAACCCCAAGAGUUCGACCCAAACAACCCAAAAAACCUGUUCUGCUUAAGUUACCUGGAGUGACUUCUGUUAUCUGCAGCCAAACCCUGACUAACAGGUGCAUGGAACACAUACACACAGUUUUCUCUUUUAAAAAUUAUUUUUAGUAUUAGCAGAUUGAACACAUUUUCCAAUAUUUAUUGGCCAUGUAUAAUUCUUUUUUUAGGAACCACCUCUUCUAGUCUGAGUUCCUUUUUAAAGACAGUUCUUUUGAAAAAUUGUUUCAUAAAAACUUUCUUUACAUUGGGGAUUCUAAUGAUGCAAAGGGUAUUGUGGGUUAUUUUCCCCUCUCAGUAGAUUACAUGUCUCUUACCCUUGUUUGUGGUGUUUUUAAUGUCACAUGUGGUCUGAUGGUACCAGUCUCUUCUGUUCCAUAGGUUGUCUUUCUGUCUUCUAGUGACAGGAAAUUCACAGAAACCAAUAGGCCUGUUUCUCCAGGAGGGGGAUGCCUCUCAUGCCUUGAAUUCUGCCAGGAAAGUAGAUUGGAUACCAAGUGACGAGGAAGAAUGUUGUAGUUUAUCUUAGGACAGGGCCGAAAAAAGAUAGUGGCGUCCCUGGCUCUGCACCUGGUGUUCCCACACUGCCUCCAAGAUGUCAGCUAAAGCCAUAGAGAGCGGGGAAGGAGAUGCCACUGAGCUCAGCCCGCUGGAAUAUCCCUCUGAUGAGGAGGAUGAACCUUCCCAGUCAACCGACCAGGCCUCUGAUGGUUCUCCUGGGAAGCCACCACAGGGGCCACCCCAAGGGCCAGAUGGAUCUGGCUCUGACCCCAGAGACCCACCCAAGGCUGGAGGAAGCAAUUUCGCCCAUUACGCAGGCUCCUCUUCGUGCGGAGCUGGCUGAGCUCACUCCUGCAACUCCUGAAAUCUCCAGAACUCCUUGUCCCAGCUGCCCCAGCACCCCAGUCCCUGCCGCUGUCAGAUGUCCCUGCCAGCCCCAAGAGCUCUCAGCAAUUCGACAUGGUCCAGGCAUGCUCUGCCCCGUGGUGCCAGGGGCUCCAGCCACAAGGCAGGACACACAGAGGAAGCAGGGUAUGGCCUCUGUAGCCGUGAUUGGAGGAGCCGUGGCCGUGGGGGCUGUGCCCGUGGUGCUGGGCGCCAUGGGCUUCACCGGGGCAGGAAUCGCGGCCUCCUCCUUAGCGGCCAAGAUGAUGUCAGCGGCCGCCAUUGCCAAUGGGGGCGGAGUUGCCGCCGGCAGCCUGGUGGCCACUCUCCAGUCCGUGGGGGCAGCCGGACUUUCCAUGUCAUCCAACAUCAUCCUGGGCUCGGCUGGGUCAGCUCUUGGGGCCUGGCUGUGGGGUAGAAAAAAGAAAGCCCCUUCCUCUCCUCCACCAGGAUCCAGUACUGAAGCAGAGAGGGGCUCCCGGGCUGGAGAUGACCCUCCAGGGCCUCAGGAUGUCAGUCCCCCAAAUGACAAGUCCUCUGCCUCCUAAAAUCCUUCAAAGAAGCAUAGGAAAUAAAGAAGAGAUGCUGUGACCUUCA